AUGGAGAACUACCAGCAUGCUGUGUUUUUUGAGGCAAAGAGUCUCUCAGAUGAGGAACUUGGACAAAUACAACUAUACUUUAAAAUCAGGAGAAGGUCUGGAGGAGGAGACUGUGAGAUCUACAAAGUGGGUAACAGCACCUACAAGAUAAGUUUUAUGCAAAAAAAUGCCCAGGAAAGAGUACUAGAACGAAAGGAUCAUGUCAUCAAAGUAGAAGGGCAAGAGGACAUCCAUGUUUCAUUAAGACAUGAAAAUGUCGCUGAAAGCAGCGAACAACCUACAGCAUCUGCAAAUCAGAAAUGUGCAAGUGCUAAAAGUGUGGAGAAGGUUUUAAAACUGGACCAUUAUCUACUACGCUUCCUCAGUGAAUUAAAAAAGGCAUAUUCAGAGUUGGAGAAACAUUUCUCUACAAUCUCCAGCACUUUCAAGAUCAACAUCGACUCUGAAGAGUUGGUGGUGGUGAAGGACCCAGGAACUGAAGCUAUUUUUCCCCUGAAGAAAUGGGAAUGUGCAGUGGAUGAAGUGUUUGAGAUUCUAAAGUCACGCUAUAUCAUCCACUUUGAGGUCGAAAGUGACAAAUAUGCCAUUCUAGAAGAAAACUCUUUCCUCCAAAGUGAUAACUUAAAAAUCUAUUUUGAAAAACUAACAUGUUUAGCUGUGGUGGUUGGAGAACGAAAAGAAGUGGAGAAGAUUUUAAAAUUUCUAAGUGGCUUGCAGGACAAACAGCAGGUUCAACAAGAGUGUUGCGUGUCUGAGAAACAAUAUGAUCUCAUUAAAGAGCAGUUUGAGCCAUACGUAAAAGCUAAUUUACCUGCCCUUAAGAUCACACAGGAACGAGCAGGUGUUGUUCUUCUGAAGGGUCCUGAAAAAGAGGUCCAUGCAGGUGAAGAAGAGCAUUUAAAAUUAGUGCUAGAAAUCAAAGAGAAGAGGAUCCCAUCACAUCGUGCUCUAAUGACCUUCUUGGAAUCAAGUGGCAAUAUACAGCACUUCCAAAACCGAUUUCAGCAGAGCCUCCGCAGCCCGGUUAUGCUCGAGACUUCAGGUUCAGAUCUUCUUCUGCUGAGUCUGUCUGAUGGAGCGCUAGAGGAGGCGGCUGCUGCCGUGCAGAGAGACGUGUGUUUGGAGACUGUGCAUCUGGAAAACACUCAGAAAUCAUCUGCGUUUACUAAACUGAAGGAGGAUUUGAAUGAAGCCAUCAAUCAAGCCAAUCGUGGAAGUGUUAAAUUAGAGCUUAAAUACCAGGAUGAAUCAACUACUGACCCCAAAGUGCAACUUGUGGGCUACACUACUGAAGUUAAUAAGCUGAAGAACAUUGUGCUGGAAUACAAAAGAAACCAUCAGAACCAUCAUGCCUCCCUGCCUCUUCCCAGGCCAGAAAUGGCAGAGCACUUCUCUGAUAUCUUGGCGAUGGCCGGCAUGAAGAAGAGCAAUGUGGAAAUAAAGCCAACAUGUUCACCUUACCCAUGCAUCUACCUCACAGGACCUCGCUUAGAAGUUGAGAGUUUGAAGGACAGCCUUAAGUAAUUUCUUCAGAGUCUUGCCACUAAACGUUGUGAAGUGAAAGGACCUGGAGUUCAACAAUUUUUUCAAGGUGAAGGUACAAGGACCUUGCAAUUAGUGAAAAAUUCUUAUAUGGUUGUGAUACUGCCUAUUGAAGAUGUUCCCAAAUACACGCGCAGUACCAGUCUCCAGCCAUUUGCAUCUGCAUCUGCAUCUUCCCAAGACUCUAUGGACAUUGACAAAGACAUAAACAUUAAAGUUGUGGUUGGUAGCCUUGAGCAACAACAGGCAGAUGUGUUUGUUGCUCCGAUGACCCAAACAAACAUGACCUCAACCUUAAUUGGAUCAUCCCUGUUGAAUAAAGCAGGACAGCAGCUUCAAAAUAACUUCAACAGUGCCACGGGAAAUCUCACUCUUAAGCCUGGAGAAGUGCUGGAGGUGGACGGGACACAUGCACUGGGAUGCUCCAAGGUUUUCUUCAUAGAAUGUGCGCCAAAAGGAAACAAGCACAAAAGCGAAAAGGCACUUCGCUCUGGACUUGGCCGAGUUUUUGAGCUGUGUGAGCAGAACUCUUGGGGUUCGGUUGCGUUGCCAGUAAUUGGACCCGGCAUAGUGCUGUCAAUACCGGUCAAAGAUGCCAUUAAUAUUCUUACUCAGGAGAUCUGUGAAUAUGUAUCUGUAUCCACUGGUCUUCUGCACACCAUUUGUAUCGCAAUAAUGGCUAAUUACGCUCAUUCCGAAGAGAUGUUCCAGACAGUCUGUGGGAAUCUGAGUGCAAAAAUGGUGGACGACACAGGGGAAGCUCUGUUUCACUCACUGACCUCUGACCUCGAUGAGAUCAUCAUGCCAGUAGAUGGGAUUGAACUCCAUCUAGUGUUUGGAGACAUCACUAAUGAGACUACUGAUGCCAUCGUGAACACCACUGACUUUAAGGACUUCCAGACAGCUGGAGUGUGUAAGGACAUCCUUACUAAGGCAGGACCUCAAAUCCAGGCUCAACUGACAGACGAGAGUGUAGCAAGAGGGCAGAUCUUUACGACCCCGCCAGGAGGCUUCCCCUGUAAGACGAUCAUGCAUGUUUGUGGACUGAGGGACCCUGGUGUUAUCAAGACCUUGGCAAAAGAAAUAGUGGUUCAAAGUGAGCACGGCUGCUACUGGUCUGUGGCCAUUCCUGCGAUCUGUGCUGGACAAGGAGGUUUGGAUCCAAAUGUGGUGGCCAAAUCCAUUCUAGAGGGAGUAAAGGAUGGUGUUCAAGGAGCGAAUCUUCAACAUCUCAAAAGGAUUCGGAUCGUUCUGCUGAAGAUUAAUGUUUUCCUGGCAUUCAAAGCGACGGCAAAGCAAAUCUUUGGUGGUAAUACACAGUUAACAGCUCCUGCACCACUUGUACCUACCAGUGUAAUCAGCAGAGGGCGCAGUGGAUCAACUAGAUCAAGCAGAUCACAUUCCUUAACCUCACCAGUCGCUUUGGACUUGAGUUCUCUAGUGACAUCUUUGCCUGACACAGAGAGCAGAGCAGCAUUUCUAGUCAUUGGUCACACCAAUAAUGAAGUGUCUGAUACCUGUAGAGAACUUCAGCAGGCAUAUGAGGACCAGUGCUCCACACACACUUUCUUUCUUGAUGAGAUCAGGUGCCUCACUCCGGAUGAGAUGGACCAGCUGCUCUCUAAAGUGAAUUCACUGCACCUGCAGAUAGAUACAAGCAGCUCUGAUAGAUGGGUAGUAAAAGGACUGAAGGAUGGAGUGAAUGAGGUGGUUAGACUGAUACAAGACGCACUUCGUAGACAGGUAAGAGACAAGGACCAGUCCAUUCUCUUCAAUCAAGUCACGUGGUGCAUUUUGGGAUCACGGGGCAUUUGGCAGAAGGUACCAAAAGACGUGAAUUAUAAGCUUGAGAAAAAAGAUGUGAAAGAUGGAAUUGUGGAUGCACAGGGUGUGAAAUGGACUGUGAAUUUGAGAAAGAUGGAGGCUAAAGCAUGUCAUUCAGGAGAGGUGACCGCUCUCAAACGACUGGAAAACCUUUCAGAUUUCUCUUUGCCAAUCUACUGGGACAACAUGAGUCAAGGUGACUCCUUACAGGUGAUUGACCUAGAUCCAUCAUCCACGGAGUAUCAGACUGUGAAGGCAGACUUCAAGAAGACUGUCACAAAAACAGAGCUCAAGAUCCAGCGCAUCCAGAACAUGAAUCUUCGGCGGUUAUACGAGGGGCGUAAAAUAGAGCUGGAGAACAAAAAUGGUUCUGUGGGAGCAGCAGAGAAGAUCCUUUAUCACGGCACAUCAGAGGAAUCCUGCUCAUCCAUCAUGAAGUCCAACUUUAAUCGAAAUUUUGCAGGGCAAAAUGCCACCAACUACGGUCAUGGGACGUACUUCGCUGUGAACGCCAGCUACUCUGCCCAAAACAAGUAUGCAGUUCCUGCAGCAGAUGGGACUCAGCUCAUGUUUGUGGCUCGUGUGCUUACGGGUUAUUACGCUCUGGGUCAGGCGGACAUGAGGACACCCCCUGUUCAUGUGGCACCUGACCGCUAUGACAGCGUGGUGGAUAAUAUGCAGAAUCCCUCCAUGUUUGUGGUUUUCCACGACUGCCAGGCUUAUCCAGAAUACCUCAUCACAUUCAAAUGAACUUCAACGAAACCAACUUGUCUCACUUGUCAACAGUGAUCAGUUAGAUAGUUGAUUUUACAUUUAAAUGUAAUAAUUUAGGGGAUACUUAUAUCCAGAGGGUUUGAGUUAGUUACUACAUACC